AUUCCAGCUAUGGCCCUGGUUCUGCAGCUGCUACCGCUGCUGCUGUCGAGGGCCCACGGGAGCCCCGGGGCUUCCCUGGUCGGCCGCCCUGGGGACAGGGUGAAUCUCUCCUGUGAAGGGGUAUCGCAACCCAGCCGCUGGGUCUGGGCACCUAGCUUCCCCGCCUGCAAGGGUCUGUCCAAAGGACGUCGCCCGAUCCUGUGGGCCUCACCGAGCGGGACCCCCACCGCGUCUCCCGUUCAGCCCUUUGCUAGUCGCCUACGUGCUCUGGACCUUGAUAUCAGGCGGCUGGAGCUGCUCCUGAGCACGGGGGACUCGGGCACCUUUAUCUGCAAGGGCCAGCACCAGGGAGAGAGUCGAACGGUGCUUCACGUGCUGGGGGAUCUGGCCAAUUGCAGAGCUCCGGAGCCUACCCAAGUUUAUCCCCAGAUCCUGAUCCCGCUGCUAAGCGUUGGGUUGGUGCUGGGACUCGGAGCGCUGGGCUUGGUCUGGUGGCUGCGCAGGCGCUCGCCCCCUCACCCGCCCUCGCCCCCUCACCCGCCUCGACCGCUGCCCAGAUUUGCUCUGUCCCCCCCACAUAGUUCCACUCGUGAAAGCCGAGCCCCAGAGGCCAGUAGAGGAGGAGGAGCCAAAGAUUUCAGGGGGCCUGGAUCAAGAGUCGAGCCUGCUGUACGCAGACCUGGAUCAUAUGGCCCUCAGAAGGCCCUGCCGACUGUCCCCAGUGGCCCCAGCUGAUGCCUCCACCAUCUAUGCGGUUGUAGUUUGAAAGGAACCCCUUACUCCAAACCUCACAAGCUGGGGGCUCCCAGGUCUCCAUAACCCUCCCCUUCUUGGCCCUUCACGUGGGAAAGGAAGGCACUGUGAGAUAGAAAUGAGCACUAGACUGGGAGUCAGAAGAGCUGGGCUCCAGGCUAUCCCUGUCACUGAUCUUCUUCCUUCCUUCCCCACAACUUUCAUGUCUCCUUCACCACUGAUUUCCUUUCUAGAGCUGAUCAAGCCCUGCUUCCCCAUGUUGAGAUAUCUACAACUCCUAGAUUACUGCCCUCUCUCUUUCCCUCUCUCCGCAGUCAAGCUCUUUCCACCAAUGGCCUACACCUAGCUCUUCCAUUUUCUUCAGUCACCUCCUACUGCUCACCCCCUCUCCAUGAGAUUGCCAGUGAUGUCCUAAUAGCUACACUCAGCAGACAUUUUUUAUCAUUCAUCUGGCUUGGCCUUUGAUUACUCUCAUCUUUAAGCUGUUUUUCUUUAAUGUUGAUAUCUUCCUUCUGGAAUCCUCUUCCUUGCUCUCUCCCCCCUACAGUAUUCCCCACCAUUCUAGGUUUGUCCCUGUCUUUAUCUGCCUUCUCCCUCUUCUGGGACACUAUGAUCCACAGCCAGUCCUCAGCCUUCACCUCUGCAAACAACAGCAAGAACUCUUUCUAGCUCAGAUCCCUGAUAUGGGAUUGCCAAACUGUCCCUCAGACAUCCCUGCCUGGCUGGCCCUAGGCAUUUUGCACACAGCAGGUCCAAAACCCAACUCACUGUCAUCUCCCAAGCCACUUACUUAAUUUAACCCUUCCUCCUCUGCAUUCUCUCUUGAUCAACCCAGUUGCCUAAGCCAGAAACUGGGAGUCAUGUACACCUCUCAUUCCCACACAAUUAACCAAGUGCCUUUCUAUUUUAAUGUCACAGUCAAAUCCACACCCUCUUCAUGCCCAGUACUGCCACCUGAAUCUCAUCUCCUCGUUUCCUCCUUAGAUUGCCCAUAGCCCCACCUCAUCCUCCUACCCUUGCUUAAGAUCUUCCUUAGAUGCUAACCUGCUCCUGACCGCCUGUAUUUCAGAACUGCAGUAUUUCAGCUCUGGGUCCACGGUCCUCAGAUUUGGGUACAAGGUGCUAUAGCUUUCGACCUACUUUCCAGGCUUAUCUCUGUCACUCACAUGCAUAGAACAUGACAGCUAUAGAGAAAGUCUCCCCAGCCCCAAAUAUGCAUUUGCCCAAUGCAGUUCCUUCUUCCUAGAUUAAUUACCCUUUGUCUCCUUCCCACUGUAUGCCUGGCUAUUAUUUAUCCGCAGGACUCAGUUCAAGCAUAGCCUUUUCUGGGAAGUGAUCCCUGCCCCUCUUUGCCCAUCCCUGCAUACACUUUGAUUUCCUAGAGGGUCCCCUUAUUUCUCUCAUAGCCUGCUGUGAAUUGUUUCAUUACAAACCAUAUUUCAAUUUAUAAGAAAUUUUCAUGUACCAUGAGUUCCUUGAUACCAAGAGAUUAACCCUUUUUGUAUCACUGCUAAGCUUCAGUAAAUGAGUAAAAAUGAAUGUCCCUGGAAAUGUCAUUUCCUCCUAUGAAUUAUGGAUGGACUGUUAAUCUCCUAGUCUCUGAAUCAUCUGACAUUUAGAUAAAUGCAGUGAUUGAUUCACUCAUAUUUUCU